AUGCCUGCGGCGAUGGUGUCUGAAAAAUGGGCCGACUCAAAAAUUAUGCGGAAACAAAUGACAUGGCGCACAAGAAUAUUUGGAAUGGAUAGGUUUGUCGGAUCAGGUAGCGGAGAUAAUGGCCUGAGAGGCGAUUCUGGUGGUAAUUGUGACCAAGACGAAUACAAUUCAAUAGAUGGGACCAUCAGAAGCUGGACUAAGGGGGUGGUAGACAAAAAAUGGGAAAGAAAUCUGAAUGGAGGUGCGAUUAAAAUGACCUAA